ACUACAUUCUCCAUGAGUGACGCGAGGAGCGCCGCUGACUGAACUCUCAUCAACACACAAACGAGACUAUUAAUCACCAACAACCCAGUUUGGAGGAAGAUGAGGGUGAAGGAGAUCCUCAGGACGGCCUCUCAGGCAUGGAGUCCUGCGAGACAGCAUCCCACAUACCUGGCCUUAGGCACCGCAGCGCAGCAGUUAGACGCGUCUUUCAACACCAGCUCCGUUCUGGAGAUCUUUGAGAUGGAUUUUGCUGAUACAUCCAUGGACAUGAAGCUCAGAGGAACUCUGCCCACCUCCAACAGGUUUCACAGUCUGAUCUGGGUGGCGUUUGAUAUGGACGUGACGGCGGGUUCAUCGGGGCGGCUCAUCGGAGGCAGUGAGAACGGAAGCGUGACCGUCUUCGGCCCGGACGCUAUUCUCUCCGCGGGCGAAGACGCCGUGAUCGGACAGUCCAACAAACACACGGGGCCCGUGCACGCCCUCGACUACAACCGCUUCCAGAGUAAUCUCAUCGCAUCAGGAGCCAAUGAUUCGGAAAUAUACAUCUGGGAUUUGAACAACUUCAGUAAUCCGAUGACCCCGGGCACCAAGUCACAGCUCAGUGAGCCAGCGGAGGACGUGAGCGUGGUGGCGUGGAACAGUCAAGUGCCGCAUAUACUGGCAUCCGCCAAUCCCAGUGGGAAAGCCGUGGUCUGGGAUCUGAGGAAGAACGAGCCCAUCAUCAAAAUCAGUGACCACAGCAACAGGAUGCACUGUUCUGGGAUGUUGUGGCAUCCAGAUGUGGCCACUCAGCUGGUUCUGGCAUCCGAGGACGACAGGCUUCCUGUGAUACAGAUGUGGGACCUGCGGUUCGCGACCUCGCCUCUCAAAGUGCUGGAGAACCACACCAGAGGAAUUCUGUCCAUCUCAUGGAGUCAAGCCGAUCCAGAGCUUCUGCUGAGCAGCGGCAAAGACAACCGGAUCCUGUGCUGGAACCCGAACACCGGAGAGGUGAUUUACGAGCUGCCAACAGCCAAUCAGUGGUGCUUCGAUGUGCAGUGGUGUCCGCGUAACCCCGCCCUCCUGUCAGCCGCAUCAUUUGACGGGCGGAUCAGUGUGUACUCAGUUAUGGGGGGGCGUCUUCAACAGCAUCAGCACAGCACGGUGGACCAGAUCUCGGCUUCGUUUGACACCAACGACCCGUUUGGAACCGGUCAAGCUCUUCCGCCUCUGCUAAUGCCUCAACCCACAGUGGAGACCACCAUCAUCCCUCCGCUAACAAAGCCUCCCAAGUGGGUGCGAAGGCCUGUCGGCGCCUCUUUCGCUUUCGGAGGGAAGCUGGUGACGUUUGAGAACCCUACAGUGCCGGGUCAGCCUCGACAGGUACAGGUGAGUCAGGUGACCACAGAGACCGAGUUCCUCCAGCGCUCCAGCGAGCUCCAGGCCGUUCUGCAGUCUGGCUCCUUCACCAACUACUGCCACAGUAAGAUCACGAGCGCCCCGUCUGACGCCGAGCAGGACAUAUGGAGGUUCCUCAUGGUGAACUUCGAAGAUGAAGCGCGGGUGAAGUUUUUGCGGCUGCUGGGCUUCAGUAAAGACGAGCUGCAGAGGAAGAUCUCGGCGUGUUUGUCGCGGAAGCUUCAACCCAACGGUUUGGAUGUGAACGAUCUGGCGGAGAAGAUGCAGACUCUUUCGGAUCAGAGAGCAGACGAGUCUGCGGACGGUUCGUCAGGCCGCGAGUCUCCUGCGGAUUUCUUCCAUCAACUACCAAAGAAAGAGAAAGACAAAGAGCCCUUCCAGAUCCCCGUGUCCUCAGACACGGACGGGCUGAUCAGUCAGGCUCUGUUAGUGGGCAACUUCGAGGGCGCCGUGGAUCUGUGCUUGAGUGACGGGCGUUUCGCGGAGGCCAUCCUGCUGUCAAUCAGCGGAGGGGAGGAGCUUCUGAAGAAGACGCAGCAGCGCUACCUCACCCGCCAGACCAACCGCGUCUCCAUGCUGAUCUCGUCAGUGGUGACGCAGAACUGGUGUAAUAUCGUCCAGAGCUGUGAGCUGAAGAACUGGAAGGAGGCGUUAGCGGCUCUGCUAACCUACGCUAACCCAGAAGAGUUCGCUUCUCUCUGCGAUACUCUAGGAGCUCGUCUGGAUGCUGAAGGCUCAGAGAAACACCGUCUGCAGGCGUGUCUGUGCUUCAUCUGCUCCGGGAACAUCGAGCGUCUGGUGGAGUGCUGGACGUCACAGAGAGACUGUUCGUCUCCGCUCGCGCUCGAGGAUCUGGUGGAGAAGGUGAUGAUCCUGCGGAAGUCGAUCGAGCGUCUGCGUAACCGCGAGGUGUGUGUGCGGAGCUCAGCGCUGACGGAGAAGCUCAUCCAGUACUCCAGUAUACUGGCGUCACAGGGCAGCCUGAACACCGCGCUCAACUAUCUGCCCGACGACUCCGACCAGGUUGCUGUUGGGAUGUUGAGAGACAGACUGUCGCAUGCGAAGGGAGAGACGCUGCAGAGACAACACCCGUCCACACCAGCAGGAGGCGCUGCGAACACACACACACCUCCAGCACACACACAGGGGUCGUACCCGUCCACACUCCCUGCUCAGACGAUGCCCCGUCUCUUCACCCCUCAGACUGAGUCUGCUGGAGCGCCCCGGCCCGGCCUGAGACCACAAUACCCACAAUACCCUGCCACAGCUCCAGGUUUCCCUCAGUCUCAGCCGUUCCCUCAGUCGGGGUCUCUCGGGGGCCCUGUGGGCUUCAUGUCGGGCCCGUCGAUGCCCUCCUCCGGCCUGACGGGUCCUUCAGUGCCGCCCGCGUCUCCGCCGGGACCCCUGAUGUCUCCUACAGCCGCUCCAGGGUUCACAUCACCCACCUCUCUGCCGGGCGGCCCGAUGCCCUUCUUCCCUGGCGCUCCACACACACACGCACCCGCCAGCGGUGUGUAUACGCCUCUCGGAGCCGGUUAUCCUCAGGGCGGACCCGGCGCUCCAGGGGCCAAGAGCUUCACCGGCACCAGCCUCCCGCCUCCACCCACAGGAUAUUUCCCAUGGCUGACUUACCAGAUAGAAGAGGAAGCGGCUCGUGACGGGUGGAACGAUCCUCCAGCUGUACGCUCAGGACAACGCAAGAAAAAGCUGCCAGAGAACUACACUCCUCCUGCUCCGAUCACAGCGCCGGUGAUGGGCUUCCCAGCGGAGAAUCCUACGCAACAGGACCGAGUCCAGGUGCCGCCCGGAGCCCCUCAGGAGCCCAACAUACAGUCUUUACAGCAGCUUCCGGCGGUGCGAGUGGGACAGAAGGAAAUCCCCCCCGAACACAUGAUCAUCAAGACCACCUUCAGUAGUUUAGUUCAGCGCUGUCAGCUGGCCGCCACAGACCCGCAAACGAAGCGCAAACUGGACGACGCCUCCAAACGUCUGGAGAGUCUGUACGACAAACUGCGGGAUCAAGCGCUUUCUCCCAGCAUCCUCGGCGGCCUGCACGAGAUCAGCCGUUGUGUCAGCGAACGCAACUAUCCGCAGGGUCUGGAGGUUCACACGCAGGUCGUGAGCAGCAGCAACUUCAGCGAGAUCUCCGCGUUCAUGCCCGUCCUCAAGGUGCUCAUGACCAUCGGCAACAAGCUGGCCGUGUGACGCUCUCUCUCUCUCUCUCUCUCUCUCUCUCUCUCGCGCGCACUGAGCUCAGAACCAGUCCAGCGUUAACAUCCCACCACUCCACGACUGGAGCUCUUCUCGUGCGUUUGGUGUUUGCUUUCCUUCUUAUUCAUCCAACACAAGCAGAACGACUGUUCAGAAAACCAUUAUUGCGUGUUGCGUGUUUGAAUUGAAUGUAGUGUGAACUGUUGCAUUGAAUUCGAUGUUAGAAACUGUUAAUGCGGCAGUUUAAGAAUAAGCCUUAAUACACGAGCGGAACGAAUUUGUGCAAAUUGUCGCAUUCAGAUCGGCUUGAGAACACGUUUUUGUGCGUAAAACCGUGUUGAAUUGAAUGCAACAGUUUGUCUGAAAACGAGCGGAACGAAUUGCAUUGAAUUCAACAUGAGACUAAGAAUGUGCCGAAACUUAAAGGAGUAGUUCACUUUAAAAAAAACUUUUGCUGAUAAUUUACUCACC